AUGUCCUCUGAAAUCAUCCUCUUCGACUUGCCAUCCAAGGGCGACCACCCGAAAUGCUGGUCCCUCAAUCCCUGGAAGGCCCGACUGGCACUGAACUACAAAGGCGUUCCCUACAAAACCGAAUGGACAGAGUAUCCCGACAUCGCGGACAAGUUCAAGCAAUACGGGAUCCCCGCGAACGAUCGCAACGUCAACCCCAACGCCGAGUACUCGUGUCCGGCCGCGCGCUUCCCGGACGGCAGCUACGUGAUGGACUCGCGCAAGAUAGCGGAAACGCUGGACAAGCUGGCGCCACAACCAUCCCUCCACACGAACAAGGGAGAACUGAUUGACCGCGUGCAGCAGACGGUUCUGGGCUGCCAAGGCGCGCUGGCGCCGCUGCUCAUGCCCGCCGUGCCCGACUUGCUGCCUCCGCGCUCGGCUGAAUACUUCCACGCCACGCGCGCCAAACGCUUCGGCAUGCCGCUGGCCGAGUUUGCCAAGAGCGACAAGGGCGGGGAGAAUGCGUGGAAGAACGCGGAGCCUCACCUUGCGACGUUGAAGGACAUUUUGGCGGAGAAGGACAGCGGGGUGUUUGUGUUGGGGGGAGAGGUGUCUUUUGCGGACUUUAUCAUUGCUGGGUUCUGGGAUUUCCUGCGCAAGACGAACGAGGAGGCGUUUGCGCGGGUGAUGAAGAUUGACAAGAGGUUUGGGGAGCAUCACAAGGCGUGUGCCAAGUGGUUGGAAGUGGAUGAUUAG